GAGUGCUAAUUCCCUCAAAGGCGGUGUCGUCAUUUUGUGGGCGGAGCCUCGGCGGAAGCGGGAAACUCGAGCGUCGUUUGACUGAGGGGCGUUUAGUUUACCUCAGGCGCCGCCAUGGAGCGGAGGCGCAGCGAAGGCCUGGAUUCUGACGAGACGCAGAGGUUGAGAGCUGCUGUUCAUUAUACUGUUGGUUGUCUCUGUGAAGAAGUGAGCAAAGACAAAGAAACCCAGUUCAGUAAACAAGCCAUCGCAUGUAUUUCUGAGAUCACCUUCAGGCAGUGCGAAAUGUUUGCAAAAGACCUUGAAAUGUUUGCUAGGCAUGCAAAACGGACUACGGUUAAUGUUGAAGAUGUGAAGCUUUUGGCCAGAAGAAGCAAUUCAUUGCUGAGGUACAUCAGCCAGAAGAGUGAGGAGCUUGCUUUCAAUAAUCUGGAACAAAAAGAGAAAAAGAAGAAGAAAGCUGCCUCCAAGAAAGGGAGAAGAACCUCUGAUGAGCAAGUGGUGGCUGACAGUGAGAAUUUAAACACAGCCUAAUCUGUCUUUUCUAAUUUUCAAUGGAGUUGAGCAACUGUAGGAUGUCUGUUUGUUAUUUGUUUGUUUGUUGGUGCAAUUCCCUAUUGCUUGAGUUUCUUUUCAGUGAAUGCUUUGAACGUUUGGUAAAGCAAACUAUACAUAAACAAUCGUUUAUAAAUCUGUAAGAAUCUUUAUUGGGUCUUAUUAAAGACAUCAACAUAAUAAUACAUAAUAAUACAAUGGCAUAACUUAAACUUAAUAAGUAAACACACAUAAAAUCCAGCCAUUUCCAGGAGAGUUCAAGUUUCUUUUCAGAUGGGAAUCUACCGAUGAUUGAAAAAACUCACUUAUACAGUAGAGUCUCGCUUAUCCAAUCUUCGCUUAUCCAACAUUCUGUAUUAUCCAAAGCAGUUUGCCUUUUAGAAGUCAAUGUUUCUGUAGUCAGUGUUUUCAAUACAUUGCGAAGUUUUGGUGCUAAAUUCGUAAAUACAGUAAUUAUUACAUAAUGUUAUCAUGUAUUGAACAACGUUUUCUGUCCAUUUGUUGUAAUACAUGUUAUUUUGUGUGCUCAAUUUGUAAAAUCAUAACAUAAUUUGACAUUUAAUAGGCUUUUCCUUAAUCACUCCUUAUUAUCCAACAUUUUCGCUUAUCCAACGUUCUGCCAGCCCAUUUAUGUUGGAUAAGUGAGACUCUACUGUAUUUCUGUCAGAAUUGGAAGGAAAUGGCAACAUUUUGUGUAUGUUUCCUUAUCGGAUGUUAAGUUGUAAUAUUUUGUUUAGUUCUACAUACAUUUCUGUUAAUGUGUUGCACUUUCUGUAAACGUCAUUGUUAUUCUGAGUUGCUGUGAGUUUUCCAAGCUGUAUGGCCAUGUUGCAGAAGCAUUAUCUCCUGGCAUUUUGGCAGUCAUCCUCAGAGGUUGUGAGGUCUGUGGGAUUUAUAUAUCUGUGGAAUAAUGUCCAGAAUGGGAGAAAGAUCUCUUGUCUGUUGCAGGCAAGUGUCAAAUGUUGCAAUUGGCCACAUUGAUUAUCAUUAAAUGGCCUUUCAGCUUCAAAACCUGAUUGCUUUCUGCCUGCUUCCAGGCAUGAAACAAUCAGUGCUAGCUGAUGCCUCCCAACAAAGGAUUCCCCCAGGGAGAAGCAGCCAGGCUUUGAAGCCGAAAGGCCAUUCAGUGCUAACCAAGCUGGCCAAUUGCAACAUUCACACUUGCCUCAAGCAAAUAAGAGUUCUUUCUCCCACCCUGGACAUCAUUCCACAGAUAUAGAAAUCCCACUUGCCUAUUUUUCAGCAGACCUCACAAUCUCUGUGGAUGCCUGUCAUAGAUAUGGGUGAAAUACCAGGAGAGAAUGCUUCUGGAAGAUGGCCAUACAGCCCGGAAAACUCACAAUAACCGAGUGUUUCUAGCUAUGAAAGCCUUCGACAACACAUUGUUAUUCUGUUUUUUACUUGUUUCAUCAUUGUUUUGGGGAUGAUCUUUUGUAUUUUAUGCACUUAUGGUUGAGGCCUUGCUCCUUCUGUAUUUGUCUUUGCCAUAAGAAAGUAUUACAUUCGGAUAGUUUGAGAGGACACGAGCUGCUGCCUUACUUCUGACACACUGCCUUUUGAUAUCUAUUUGAAAAAGAAAUGCAGUUGGAUUUUUUUUUUGCCCCGCUUCAUUGCAAAAAAGCACUUUUGCUUACAAUUAGGCAAUUAAGCUAGAAUAUGUUCUUUUCUCAGUAGCUGAGAAAUUCAUUUCAGAUUGAAUUGCCCUUGGGGAUAGUUUUAACUGUUUUAUGAAGUUUGAAGAUGAUUAUUUCAAAAUAAAACCCAGAACUUAUUUCCUA